AUGACGUACGCCACCGAAGGCAGCGUGAUGGCCCUUGGGCUGCUCUUUUCUGUUCUCGGAACUGCUGUAGUGGUGACUAGACUAGUCGUCCAGCACCGCCGGGCAGGCGCGCAGGCAGACGACUGGUUUGUCCUAGCAGCGUGGGUCUUCCUAAUAGCCUUGUGCAGCCUGAUGAUUGCUGGCUCCGCAACCCAUACAUUUGGCAGCCACUCUCCUCCAGGACUCGGUCCUGCAUUCUACUUCUAUGAAGAUGCUCAGUUAAGACUCACACGAAAACUACAAUACUCGUUUGACAUCCUUUCGGUCUGGGCUUUGGGCUGUCUAAAACUGUCCAUCCUUUUGUCCUACCGGCGACUGUUCCCCAUUGGCAGGGCAAAGCUUAUCAACUCGGCUCUGCUUCUUGCCACUGUGGUUUGGACAGUCACUUUUACGAUCGCCUUGAUUGUGCAAUGCGGCUCCCACUUGGGGUCUCGCUUCCGGUCGCUCCAACAGAUCGAAGCAAACUGUGCCAAUGUCUUUGUGAUGUCAAUUGCGCUGGUUGCAACCGAUGUGGCUGUUGACCUGAUUAUACUGGUUAUUCCGAUCUUCAUGGUCUUUCCCCUGCAGAUGCCCCUGAAGAAGAGACUGGGCGUAAUUGCUAUUCUCAUGCUCGGCAUGUCAGCAACAGCUUGCGGGAUCGCUCGCCUGGGCUUGUUCGCUGCCCUUCUAGGUCCAACCCUAUUCUCAAACCCCACCGUCGCCGGCUUUCCAACACACGACGACACAGGUAUUGUCAGCAGCCAUAUAUUUUGGAGCAUGCUCGAAGUAGGCAUUGCCAGCAUUGCCGUCAGCCUGCCGGUCCUCUACAGCCUGCGGCGCCGGUGGUCGCUGCGGGGUGUAUACCGAUAUUUCCAGUCGCUCGUUUCGCUUACAAGGCGGUCCGGAACCCCUGGCGCCAGGCACAGCGACCAGGAAAUGAUCAUCAUGCCGCAUGAUCACACUCACCCUGUUGGCCAGGGACUCGGGGACAACAGGCGCGGCUGGGAUGUCCAGAUAUCCCGGUCGGUUACGCACAGUCUCGAAUCGAGGGAUCAGUAUGGCUCGGAGAUUGAACUUGUUCCUGCUACUACUGCCGCAAAGCCGGUCAAGUCUCAUGGAACGCAGGCGGAGUGGUAG